AUGUCUGAAAGUUCAAAUGAGGAAUCACUUGAAGACAUUGCUUCUUUACUUGAUAUUUCCUUUGCAAACGAAAUGCUUCGGAGAGAAAUAGAUCUCCAAUCUUUAGCAAAUGCUGAAGAAAACUCUGUAAAUUUAAAUACUAUAUCAAAUCCGUUUGUAAUGGAUUUACUUGAUAAACUUGAUCGCCAUGAAAAAAAUUUACAAAAAGAACUUGAUGUUAUCGUUCUAGAAAGAGCAAAACCGGAUGGAAUUAAAAAAGUUUUUACAACAACACCUCAAAAUCGCAAGAUAAUAUUAAGAUCUAUUCUUGUAGCUAAUCAAGUUCAAGAUCUUGAACAACAAAAAGAACAAUUAGUCAAAGAAAAUCAAGAAUUACUCGAUUUUAUACAGAUAUGUCAGUAA